UCCGCCUUUACGUGAUGACGCAAUUUUUGCCUCGUUGGAAGGUAGUUUUAGAGGAAUCGCUCGACUGUAAUACCGUGGCAGUGAAGAAACACUGGGUGGAGAAACCUAAAAACACCCGGACGCAAUCACUCGAAAGGUAUUUGGUCUCCUGUCAUCGAACGAUGUCAGUGGUCACUGAGGAGCUUCCAGACAUGGAUGGAGCAGACCUGUUUGGGCUGCUGUUCCACAAUGAGGUGAAUGGAUUUACCGAGCCCCUCUUUCCGGAUGGGAAUGACAUCAUUGAAUCCUGGCUGUCAGAGCAGAAUAUACUGACAGGAAUUGAUACUGAAGACUUUCUGUCCAGCUUGUUAGAGGGAGAAGACAACAUGAGUGUUAUAGGUCCCUCUCACUCUCCCUUGGGCAGCGAUAGCGGUAUUUCCGAUGACAGCAGCACUGUGGUUGGAAACAACAACCCACUCGGAUGCUCCAGUCCCCAGGGCAGUGAUAGUGAUGUUGUGCCCAGUCCCAGCUAUUCCCAGCCUAGCCCUGAGCACUCAGACCCUGCCCUGGCCCCUGAAGAGCUGCAGGCAGAGAACCCAGAGGUGUUAUCAUUCCAGGCUGAUCACAGCUACUCUUUGCUGCAGAGCGAUGGCAGGGACAUGGACGCCCUGCAGAGUGUGAGGGCAGAGCAGCCAGAUACAGAUGUCUUCAUUGAUCUGGACGACUUAGUGAGUGAGGCAAUGGAGGAGGAAGAGGAGGAAGAGGAGGACAUCACAGAUGAGCUGCCCUGCACUUUGUCCAUAGAGGACUACACACAGGAUUCCAGUCAAGACAAUGAAAUGGACAAGUUCCAGUUUAAAGAGAUUGUGCUUACUGAGGAAGAGAAGAGGCUUCUGGGAAAAGAGGGAGUAACAAUUCCCACGCACAUGCCUCUCACUAAGGCAGAGGAGAGGACCUUAAAGAGGGUCAGGAGAAAGAUCCGCAACAAGCAGUCUGCUCAGGAGAGCCGAAAGAAGAAGAAGGUGUAUGUGGACGGACUGGAAAACAGGGUUGCCAUCUGUACUGCACACAACCUGGAACUACAGAAGAAAGUCCAAAUGCUUCAUAAACAGAACAUCUCCUUGAUAGAGCAACUGAAGAAGCUGCAGUCAAUGGUGAAGAUGUCCACUAUGAAAGCCAGCACAACCAGCACUUGUGUUAUGGUGUUCCUGCUGUCCUUUUGUCUCAUCAUCUUCCCAUCAGUCAAUCCAUUUGGUGGAAAAACAGAACAGAAGGAACUCUACACACCUUCCCUCAUCAUCUCCCGGACCUUGCGCUCUCUGCCAGCAGAAAGAGACGAGGAGCUCCUCUUAGUGCCCCAAGCAGAGGUGGAGAACGUUAAAGCCAUCUUUGCCGGAGGUCAAAAGAAUCACACCCCCGAUUACCAAAGGGUGGAGCAGUCUGACUCGGAAACAGGAUUUAACAGCAACUCCUCGGCAGACUUCCCCAGCCCUGCUCAGGCUGCAGAGAUGAAGCCGGGGCCGGCUGGCGGAGUGGGGGCCUUACAAGAAGGAUCUAUUGACGCCAAUGUUGCAUAUGAAGUCACAGGUUCCAAGGAUAACUGGAUAGAGCGGAACCCCCCGUCUGUCAUACUACAGCAACACCGCUCAGAUGAGAUGUAGAAAUAUAACCAGCAGAGGGAGCCAUAUUCCUAAUGUACCAGAGGGAAGUUUACAUUUACUAAAUGAAAAAAGGAACAUACAAGUAAUUAUCAAGAUUUAGGAUCAGGUUGUCUGUCCAUACUUUUCCCCUCUAACAGCCUUCUCAUGUACUACUGUUAACUUUUAGCACUUUGUUGGGAUUUUCUUGUUCUAGUGGGCAAAAAGAACUGGGUAGAGAUCGCCAUAUUUCAGGAGUGUAAACUACCUAAAAAGAAGGACCUUGCAGCAGUCAACAUGCUUACACUGCAUCAAGGCCACAUGCAACUUUAGAAGCACUGAGGGCUCGUUUUAUUGCACAAAAUGGUGCUAAAAAUGGCUUGGCACCUCCGUAGAAAAUGUUUGAAUGACCUUGCAGUAUAUUACUUCUAGAGAAGUACUUGAAGGCAUUAUUGUUUAUCACCAACUUUAAGUGAGAGCUUUGUUUGACAACAGAAAAUCUGAAUAUUGCUGCACAUGAAUUACGCUCUCAUAAUAAAUUAUUGUGAAAAUAAGCAGUUUGUACUACAAACUGUGCAGAAACAUCCAUUGCAUAUUAGAAUUUAAGCUGCUUGAUUCUCAUAAAGCUUGAUCAAAGUGGUUGUUUGACCACCGUAACGCUUAAAGCCAUUGCAGGACGUUUGGCCAUUUAUUUUUUGAAAUCCACUUUUUAUUCAGAAAGGCACAUUUCCAUCACGUACAUCAAUUACAACUUUAGUAUGUCAAGAACAUAGGAAAGGAUGGAUGUAGAAAUUAUGAGUGAUUUUGUUCAUAUUGCCCUUCUGGAGUUUUCUUUUAUGGACUUAAAUUACUCCAACUAUGACAAAACAAAGAACAGAACCCGGGGGCGCACAUCCCAUUUAAAAAAAAAAACGUUUGGCCAUUUAGUAGACUUGUAAAGUUUUAGUAUUUCCCUUGUAACAAGGGUAUCCAUGCUGAUUUUAAGUUUGGAAUGCUUCGUUUAUAUGUUGUACAGUUAAGAAAAAAAAUGUUUGCAAAAUAUAGAACAAGACAAUGAACCCUUUAGUUGGUCAUUGUUAGCCAACCCCACUCUACUCCUCCAACCUUCUCUUGUUCAACUUGAUGGGACAGUUCUUACUUUUCUUAACAUGUCUGAAACACCUUAUCCCCUGUGUACACACAGUAAGGGGUUUGAUAUAGCUCGGUAAACCGUGUUGCAGUAAAAUUUACUCGAAAAUGUAAUGACCUGUUUUGUCAGUGAGGCAUUUUUGUCAUUUAAUUGUGUACUUAUGUUUCUGUGAGUGAUACAGGAAAUGUAAUUGGUGUUGGAACUGCUUUUUGUUAUAAUCGACAGUCAAUGAGAUUUUAAAUGUUGAUCGUGUUGAACAAAUGCACUGACAUUUGCCAUAGUCCAAGAAUGAAAUGUAAAUAUGCUUGAAUAAUUGUAGCUCUUCUGUACAUUUGAACUCUUUAUGUAUAAGACAUGUCUGGAUAUCUAUAAUAUUAAUAAACUUUUUAUAUAUCAGAAUUACA